AUGUCGCUCUCCGUGCCUACCCGUUACAGUAAGAUCGGAGAUGCAAGUGUUUCUGCCAUAGGAUAUGGAGCCAUGGGAUUAGCGGCGCUCUACGGUCCACCACUCUCUGAUGAGGAUUCGUUCAAGAUGUUAGACACGCUCUACGAGAAGGGGUGCAGAAAUUGGGACACCGCUGAUGCGUAUGCCCGUAGUGAAGAUGUUCUCGGUCUCUGGUUCAAGCGCAACCCCGACAAGCGUCAGAACGUGUUCCUCGCUACCAAAUUUGGUCUUCGGUCGCCCUCUGGGAAGCUAGUCAACGGAGAGCCUGCCUACGUGAAGGAAGCUUGCGCAAAGUCUUUGAGAAGACUAAGUGUUGACUACAUUGACCUGUACUACCUACACAGAGCGGACAAAGAUGUACCGAUCGAGAAAACAGCAGGAGCCAUGGCUGAAUUGGUCAGGGCGGGUCAUGUUAAGUAUCUCGGCCUGUCCGAAGUUUCUGAGAGGACUCUCCGUCGUGCCCAUGCUGUUCAUCCGAUCUCCGUGGUGCAGACAGAAUACAGUCCUUUCACGCUUGACAUAGAAGACCCUAAAAUCAAUGUUUUGAAUGCAUGCCGCGAGCUCGGUGUUAAAAUUGUCGCAUACUCGCCUCUAGGUCGUGGCUUGCUCACGGGUGCCUACAAAGGACCAGAAGACUUUGAAGCGAACGACUUCCGUCGCAUGAUCCCGCGUUACUCGAAGGAGAACUUCUCGAAGAUUCUCGCACUCACCGACAAGCUCAAGGAGAUUGGCGCGAAACACAAUGCGACCGCAGGCCAAGUUACGCUUGCUUGGAUUCUCGGCCAGGGAGAUGAUAUCAUUCCCAUUCCCGGCACUAAGAGCCUCAAGUAUCUCGACGAGAACUGGGGUGCAAUUAACAUCAAACUCUCGCAGGAGGAGCUCGUCGCAGUGAGGAAGGCUGCGGAGGAGACUAUCCUUCCAGGUGUAAGGUACCCCGAGGCGCUCAUGCAGACGUCUUUCAUCGAUACUCCAGAACUCUGA